AUGAAGAGGGGGCGGGAGGGCGCGCGGACCAGCACGUGGGGGGAGGAGUGCACCUUGGUGACGUCAGGGAGAAGAGGCGUGGUCCCCAUUGGACGUCCCCAUGGGCAGCACCAUUGGCCCGAGGGGUACCCGGUGUGCGGGGGCCGCGCUCAGUCCCCCAUCGACAUCCGGGUAACGGGGGUGCAACCGGACCCUUCGCUGCCCCCGAUCCGCCCCGAGGGGUACGAGAGCCCCGGGGCUGAGCUGCUGGAGCUGAGCAAUAACGGGCACACGGCGGUGCUGGAGCUGCCGCGGGGGCUGCGGCUGCGGGGGCUCCCCGGGAUCUUCGCCGCGGAGCAGCUCCACUUCCACUGGGGAGGAGCCGGGGGGCGCGGGGGCGCCGAGCACCUGGUGGAGGGGAACCGGGCGGCUGCGGAGAUGCACGUGGUGCACUACGAUGCCGGGCGCUACGGCAACGCCAGCGAGGCGCAGCAUCACAGCGGGGGGCUGGCUGUGCUGGGGGUGCUGCUGGAGGUGGGUGCUGCCCCCCACCCCGCCUACGCCAACAUCCUGAGGCACCUGAGCAGCAUCCGCUACGCUGGUCAGAGCACCUCCAUCCCCUCCUUCAGCCUGCGGGCGCUGCUGCCCCCCCGCCUGGAUCUCUAUUACCGGUACAACGGGUCCCUGAGCACCCCCCCCUGCUCCCAGGGCGUCCUCUGGACCCUGCUCCGGGAGCCCGUGCGCAUCAGCCAGGCCCAGCUGGAGCAGCUCCAGGGAACCCUUUACAGCACGGAAGCAUCCGAGGCCGAGCCCCGCCCCCUCCGGGAUAACUUCCGGCUGCCCCAGGAGCUCCACCAGCGCGCGGUGCUCUGCUCCCUGCCCCGGGCACCCGAGGGGUAUUCAACAGGUGAAGGCAUCGCCAUCAUCAUCGGCGCCCUGGGCGCCUGCAUCGGCCUCUUCCUCAGCAUCCACUUGGUGGCCAAGAGGCUGCGCGCGAGGAGGACCCAGGAGCAGGACAUCGUGUUCAAAGCCUCCUCCCAUCGUGCCCCCUCCAACCACAGCCACCCCUGA